AUGGGAACUUACAGAAAACGUUUUAACGAGAAGGCCCGUACGGGUAUGCUCGCUAAAAAUGAAAAACUUCGCAAGAUUAGACAAAAGAGGUUUUUACAACAACCUGACGGAACUGAAGAUCAACAAGAUCAACAUGAUCUGGAAGAAGAAAAUGAAGAAGACUUUGAUCCAAAUGCUGAAAUGCUACUUCCUAUGACAGAUGCUGAAAAACUUGAAAGAAAACGAAAAAUGCAAGAGCAGCUAAUGCCUAAACAAGAAUCUUCUAUGUCACGAAAAAAGAGAAAGAGACUUGAAAAAUAUAUUGAAAAACAAGUUGAUAAAGAGGAAAAAAAGGUUCUUUUCGAAAAGCUCAAAGAGUCAAAAAUCAAUACAUCUGUUCUUAAAAGCAUGAAGACAUUAGGCGUUGGUAACGAAACCAAAAAGGAACUUAUUACCGAAGCUCUUAAGCAAGAGAGACAAGGAAUCGUAAACGAUAAAAUCACUGAUCUUUUAUAUCGCGAGCGAGAAAUUAAAGACUGGGAAGAUGAUGAAGAAAUGCGUAAAUUUGGUACAGCUCCAACUCCAGCAUUUAAAGACAGAGAAGAGGAGGAAGAAGGUGAUGAUAAUGAAAGUGAAGCUAGCGACGAUGAUCUUCCCAAAAUAUCAGGAAUCAUUGAUCAAAGACCUCGAUCAAGUGAAGGAUUUGGAUUUGCUGGGCUGAAAAAGAUACCAAAGACUACGAAACUUGAGACCAAGUCAUAUACGUGGAGAACAAAACUUGCCCUACAAAAAGCCAGGAAACAUAAAGUAGACUUGGCUGAGAUUGAUGGUGUUUCAAGUUCAGAAGAGGAAGAGGAAGAGGAAGAGGAAGAUCAAGAUGAAAAUGAUAGCUCUGAAGAAGACGGAAGCGAUAGCAAUGAUGGUGAGUCUGGGAAGGAUGAGAGCAGUGAUGAAAAUGAAGAUGACGGAGAAGUUUGGAAUGGGUUCAGCGAUGAUGAGGUUAAAACAGCAACCACCGAAGAUACUGAAGAUGCCGAAAAAAAAUCUGAUGAUGAAGACGAAAACGAAGCUGAAAAUGAAAAUGAAGAAGACGAGAAAAGUGGCUCUGAAGAAAGUGAGGUUGAUUCUGAAGAAGAAGGUGAUUCUGACGACGAAGAUUCUGAUAUCGACAUUGCCAUUGAAAAGCCAUCCAAAGGUAAAGAAUUUUUAGAAUGGGCCAAAAAGCAAAACGAACCAGAACAUGAACGAAUCGAAACUCCAAUUUACAAAGGAGAAUACAAACUUGUUGAUAGACCUGAAGAUAAAGAAGCGCUCCCCGCCGAAAUGCUAAUCAAGUCAAAAGAUCCAAACCGCAAAUCAUACUUUGUUGAGGUCCAACGACCUGAAGAAAUCCAAGAAGUCCGAAUGAAACUUCCAGUUGUUGCAGAAGAACAAAGAAUUAUGGAAGCCAUUCACAAUAAUGAUGCGGUUGUUAUUUGUGGUGAAACAGGUUCUGGUAAAACUACCCAGGUCCCUCAGUUUUUGUUUGAAGCUGGUUACGGUAGCCCCGAAAGCAAUACCCCUGGCAUGAUCGGCAUCACCCAGCCCCGUCGUGUUGCUGCAGUUAGUAUGGCUAAACGUGUUGGGCAAGAACUGGGAAACAUGGGCCAUAAGGUUGCAUACCAAAUUCGAUUUGACGCUACAGUUAAAGAAGAUACCUCUGUUAAGUUUAUGACUGAUGGUGUUUUGCUACGUGAACUUUCCAACGAUUUCACACUUUCCAAGUAUUCCGCACUUAUUAUUGAUGAAGCACACGAAAGAAAUGUCAAUACUGAUAUUUUGAUUGGUGUUUUGACCAGAGUUAUGAAGCUGCGCAACUCCAAUCCUAACCAAUACAAGCCUCUUAAACUCAUAAUCAUGUCUGCUACAUUGAGAGUUUCUGACUUUGCAGAAAAUAAGACUCUUUUCGAAACACCCCCUCCAAUCCUGAAGGUUGAUGCCAGACAAUUCCCUGUUUCUGUUCACUUCAACCGCAGAACCCCUUACAACUAUCUUGAUGAGAUUUUCCGCAAGACCAAAAAGAUUCACCAGCGUCUUCCCCGUGGUGGCAUUUUAAUUUUCUUAACCGGUCAAAAUGAAAUUACAACCAUGGUAAAACGAUUACGCAAAGCAUUCCCAUUGAAGAAGAAGGACAACAAUCAAUCUGAAGAAAAUACACCCAAGGUCAUCAUUUCUUCUAAAGAAACAACAACUGAGGCUGAAGAUAUUGAUUUUGGCAUUGACAUCAACAAUGCUGAGGUUGAUGACUUUGAUGAAAACCUCGAGGAAGAAGAGGAAGAGGAAGAGGGAUUUGAAGAAACCCUUGAGGAAGGCCAAGAUGAAAACGAUCCUCUUUAUGUUCUUCCCCUGUACUCUCUUUUGCCUACUGCUGAGCAAAUGAAGGUCUUCCAGCCCCCACCAUCUGGUGCCCGGUUAUGUGUUAUUGCAACUAACGUUGCCGAAACAAGUUUGACCAUUCCAGGGAUUCGCUACGUGGUUGAUGCUGGUCGUGCCAAGGAGCGUGUUUAUGAUGAAGCCACAAAUGUUCAAAAGUUCGUUGUUGACUGGAUCAGUAAGGCUAGUGCCCAACAGCGAUCAGGUCGUGCAGGUCGUACUGAAGCUGGUCACUGUUACCGCAUUUACUCUUCUGCAGUUUACGAAAAUGACUUUGAACAAUUUUCCAAACCAGAGAUUCUCCGCAUGCCUAUUGAAGGUCUUGUUUUGCAAAUGAAAUCUAUGGGUAUUGACAAAAUUGUUAAUUUCCCCUUCCCCACACUUCCAGAAAGAUCUGCACUUAAAAAGGGUCUCAAACUUCUCAACUAUCUGGGUGCUUUGGAUGAAAAAGAGCGGCUGACAUCUUUAGGAAAGUCAAUGAGUUUGUUUCCUCUCAGUCCAAGAUUUGCAAAAAUGCUGAUUAUUGGUAACCAGUUUGAGUGUUUGCCGUACAUUGUUGCCAUUGUUGCUGGUCUUUCCGUUGGUGACCCAUUUUUACAACAACACGAAGUUGGAAUUGCUCCUGAAACCAAAGAGGAUGGCGAUGAAGAUGAGGAAAAACAAGAAGAAAGCAUAGAGGAGAAAGAGCGCAAGCGUAAACUGAGAACAGAGUACUUCAAGGUUCAAGGCCGCUUUUCUUCUUUGGACACCAAUAGUGAUGCCCUUAAGUUACUGAGUGCUAUUGCAGCAUAUGGUUGGAGCAAGUCUCAUCAGGAUUUUUCUGACAAGCACUUUUUGCGCUACAAAAUUAUGGAAGAAAUCCACAAGCUUCGCAAGCAAAUUGCAUACAUUGUGAGUGUCAACACUCGCAUUGAUUCAAUAGAUGCCACCACUACAAUUCUGACAGCCAAGCUCAAGCCACCAAAUGCCACACAAAUUAAGGCAAUCAAGCAGAUAAUUACUGCCGGCUUUAUCGAUCAAAUUGCUGUUCGCGCCGAUGUCGUGGCAACUGAUAUUCCUCUAAAGUCCAAAACAAGAAUUAUCUCUUUUCCUUACUUUACUUUGUUCCCAUCGACCUUGCGAAAGUCAGCAAGAGAAGAGGUUGAUCCAUACGUUUACAUUCACCCUGGGUCUGUUCUCAACAUGGCUGGGUCUGGUGAGGUGCCUCCAGAGUAUCUCGUUUAUAAUACUCUGCAACUGAGUCAAAACUCGUCUUCUGAUAAAGUCAGAAUGAAGGUGCUGACCAAUGUUACUCCCAAGCAACUUGCCAAUGUUGGCAGAGAUACUGCUCUGAUAACCUACUCUAAGCCUAUUGGUGUUCCCAAGUAUUUGGAUGCUAAUAUGACUAAACGUGAGUGUAUUUUGGUUCCACGGAUGGGUGCGGCCAUUGGUACAGGUGGUGUCGGUUGGGACUUGCCGCCAUGCAAAGCCAUUCAAGUCAAGAAUGGCCUUCAUUGGGUUAAUGAAUCGCUUAGGUAUUAG